AUGUUCUCCGCUACAAAGGAUCAAUCGGCUUCAAGCCGAGGUACUGCCCAGGUUUCUACCAGCAGUAAUGACUACUGUAUCGUCCUGCCCCGUCUUCCUACUGGUAAGCUCGUCGCUGACUCCGUUUUCCUGCAUGCAGACCUUGCUGGCCGCCCAUACCGAGCGCAGGACUUUCGAGAUGCCCUCCGGAAUAUCAUAGACCUUGCUGAUAUAACCUCGAUCGGGCAAUUUCAAAUGUCACAUGUCUGGAUGGUGACUUGCAGGACUGCGCUAUCUAAAGUGAAGAUAGUAACCUGUGGUGAAUUAUUUGUUCGAGGACGAAGAUGCGUCGUUAUAGACCCUGAACCCACGGAAGUUAAAAUGAAGCUGUUAUGGCUCCCUGAACGCCUGGAAGAUAUUUAUGUGCACGAAGCCUUUCAGCCUUUCGGAAAGAUCAAGUCGAUUUCAGCGGAAACUUGGAGGGUGUCAGAAAUGGAACAGAUGAGGACCCUUAACCGAGACGUUGUACUGGCACUUGGUGACGGAGUCCGUGUCUCCGACAUCCCGCAUCUGCUCUCAGUUUGUGGUCUACAAAGCCUAGUGCUGAUUCCCGGCAGGCCACCUUUAUGCCUUCGUUGCAACAAAGUAGGACAUAUUCGUCGACACUGCAGGACACCACGCUGCGAAGAUUGUCGGCGGUUUGGACACACGGCUGAAGAAUGUGUGGCGACGUAUGCCAAUAAAUUACGACAUCGCAUGCGACCACCUGAAGAUGCGUUUCCAGAACAUAUCAUGGACGCUACGGAAGUCCUCGAUGCAACGGGAGACCUUCCACAUGCUGCCGUCGCUGAGCCCUGUGCUGUUGACAAGGACGCAGCUAGUGACUGUGCUGGAGCGGAGAACUCUAAACAAGCGUCAAACACCGUAGAUGUGACAGACAGCGGAGAGAAGGAAGCAGUACCUGCACAUGAGUCAGUAUUGACACAAAAGGAAAGCCCCAGCAGUGUACCUCCGGGGUUCGAGCACCUGCAUAGCGGAGCCCUGGGACGUGUCAAGGACUACGUCCACCGGGCCAAGAGGCGGCAGCACAUCGUGCCACUGUCUGCCAAGCUGUGUCGGCUGCCUCUGGCGCUACGGCAGCAGGACGCCAUCUCGAUCGGAACUCAAAUGUGA